CGAUAAUUUGGCUGAGCCACCUCUCAGGUGCCAGAUAUUUCUUCCUCUGGUCAGAAGAGACAAACCAAUUGAGGCACACCGGCAGGAAUUUGUCUUCAGUUAACAUCGGCGUGAUCACAGCUUCAAACUACUCUUUCACUCUUCUGCUGCCAACACAAGUUUAACAUGAAUGAAACGGAUAAUUAUCAACAGUUAACUCUUUCCGAGUACAACUUCGAAAGACACUUUGAUGAAAGGUUGGCUAUCGAAUGGAUGCAGGAGAACUGGAGUCAUGCUUUUGUAUUCUGUGGCCUAUAUGCGGCGCUGGUGUUUGGGGGACAGCACUUCAUGAGGGACAGACAGAAACUUGACCUCCGCAAACCUCUGAUCCUGUGGUCAAUGAGUUUGGCCAUUUUCAGCAUUGUUGGAGCUGUCCGAACUGGGAUAUACAUGCUUUACAUUCUUCACACCUAUGGCUUUAAGCAGUCAGUCUGUGACCAGAGCUUCUACAAUGGACCAAUCACCAGAUUUUGGGCCUAUGCCUUUGUUCUUAGCAAAGCUCCGGAACUGGGCGACACAGCCUUCAUAGUGCUCCGUAAACAGCGGCUCAUCUUCUUGCACUGGUACCACCACAUCACCGUGCUGCUCUACUCCUGGUACUCCUACAAAGACCAGGUGGCCGGCGGAGGCUGGUUCAUGACCAUGAAUUACACCGUGCACGCGCUGAUGUACAGCUACUAUGCGGCCCGUGCGGCUGGCUACCGCAUUCCCAAGCCCUUCGCCAUGGUCAUCACGUCUGCCCAGAUUGCCCAAAUGGCCAUGGGCCUGACUGUGGUCGGCUUGGUUUACCGUUGGAUGCAGGAUGAGGGCUGCCCGUCGUACCUGGACAACAUUGUGUGGGCCUCGCUCAUGUACCUUAGCUAUCUGGUGCUCUUUGCCUCAUUCUUCUACCAGACCUACCUCAAGGGCUUGAAAGGGAAGUCGGCUAAGGAUGGUAAGGCUACUAAGGAUGAGUAGACCUUUUAGGCAAUGCUUUUUGUCUGUGAGAAUGGAGUCUUCACUGUUGUGUUUCGGAGGUGUCAUGUUGUUUUUUUAACUCAAAGGUUUGGUCUGGCAUCAUAUCUCCCUCAAUGUGCAUAGAUCAUUCUGUAGCUUGCUAAUGAUUACGGAAGUGCCGAGAGAUUGUGGCCUAUGUGGCAAUCUUCUCUGAUGUCCUCUGCACUGUGUCUCCCAAAUGUACUAUAAAUAUUAAUACAAGGCCUUUAACUGGCUCAUAUAACUGUAUAUUUAGGGGAAACAUUUCAGAUAAAAUCUAAACUAAACAAGCGCAGAUAACAAUCAUGCAUUAUGUAACCUAUGAUUCUGGCAGGAUACAGGUACUUUUGUCCAAGUGUCCCAAACUAACCUGACUUAAAUUAAACUGUCCUUUUGAUUAACAGUUCCUAUGCUGAUGCUGAGUUGUGAGUUUUGAGCACCAUGUGUGUCUAGUUCUUCAGGCAUACCAAGGGUUGAAUAUGUUUGCUAGUUUUCUAUAUCUAUGCACAUUGAGACAGAGAGAUUACAAGAAAUCUUCUGAUGUUUGUUGGCCAGACUUGUUCUGUGGUGAAACCUGUGAGGCUCCCUUUGAAGCAUGGAUGACUGGAUGAGAAUG